AUGCCUACAAACGCAGGGCAAGAAACAGCAGCUACAACUGCAAUUCCAAAUUCAUUUACGAUUGAAGCAUUCGAUGCGAAUGGUACUACGUGGCGCAGGUGGUUGCAGAGACUACUCGGGGCAUUCAAGAUUUUUAACAUUACGGGAGAUGCACGAGUGCUAUAUUUAUUACAUUAUGUGGGCUCUGCAGCGUUCGAUAUCCUAUGCGAUCGAUUAGAUCCGGAGGAUCCAUUCGAUCAAUCAUUCGAGCUGCUGACGGCAAAGCUGGAGGAAUUCUACGCCCCACCCCCGUUGGAAAUUGCGGAAAAUUUUAAAUUCCACCAACGAAGGCAAGUGGAAGGGGAGACGGUGCAACAGUUUGCAGCAGCCUUGCACAAAUUAAGCAUACACUGCAAGUUCGGAGAUUACUUAAAAACGGCUUUACGCAACCAGUUGGUAUUCGGCCUGGCAAGCAAAAAGACGCAAACCCGGUUACUGGAGAAGAAGGACCUGACGUACGAUGAAGCCCUCAAAAUUGCAACAACGAUGGAGCUAUCAGAAAAAGGUUCGGAAUCGUUACAGGAGGCGGUGGUAAGGAACGCCACUUCCGUGGAACUCCUACAAUCGGGUAAGAAGUCGACGCGGAAGGCGCCGGCGAAUAUACAAAAUAUACAAUGUUACAGAUGCGGCAAAGCUCAUUUAGCUUCACAAUGUACCCUCAACCGGGAGAUACGCUGUACAAGUUGUGGUGUGAAGAGACAUUUGAAACGUGUUUGCUUUAAAGAAAAAGAGCAAACGAACCAACUGGAGGAGGUUCUCUCUUUAGAACAACAGCAAUACAGGGACAAAUUUACAAGUACGUUGAACGUGGAUGGAAAACUAGUCCAAUUCGAAGUAGAUAGCGGUUCGGGAGUCACCGUAAUGAGUGAAGGUGAUGUACAUGCCCUGUUUCCAAACUCAGUCAUACAUCCAACCGAUUUAAACCUACUUGCGUAUUGUAAAACGUUAGUUCAGAUAAAAGGUUAUAUUACAGUAUUAGUAAAAUGUAAUCGAAUUCAAAAGAAACUAAAUAUUUACAUUUCGGAAAUUGAACGGAAACCUUUAUUAGGCAGGGAAUGGAUCCGUCAAUUAAAAGCGCCGAGAGGUGUGUACGAUUUUCUGGAGUGCAGUGCAUUAGAAAUAGAUAACCGUGGAAAUAGCCAUACGAAAUUGAAAUGCAUCCUAGAAAAAUACGAAGAAUUAGGAUCGGAUACGUGGACGAAAAUAGUAGGGGUACAGGCUAAUCUAACGUUACGACCAAAUGUUAAACCCAUAUUUUUAAAAGCGCGGUCAGUUCCUUUUAAAUUGACUCCAUUAGUCGAUAAAGCCAUAGACGAAUUGGUUAAAGUAGGAGUGUUAACUAAAACGGAAACAGCCGAGUGGGCAACGCCUAUCGUGCCCAUUCUAAAAGCGGAUGGAACGGUACGGAUCUGUGGCGAUUAUAAAUCCACCGUGAAUCCGCAGUUGGUGGUAGACGACCACCCAUUACCAACUACGGAUGAAUUAUUUGCGAAAUUAUCGGGUGGCAAAAGAUUCUCAAAGAUAGAUCUACGGCAAGCGUACUUACAACUGGAGAUGAAUUCAGAGAGUAGCAAGGUAUUAACCUUAAAUACGCAUAAAGGACUAUUUUUAGUAAAUAGAUUAAUGUAUGGAAUCGCAUCGGCUCCUGCAAUAUGGCAGAGAACGAUCGAACAAAUUUUACAGGGCAUACCCGGAGUAGCGGUAUUUCUCGAUGAUAUCGUGAUUACGGGCGAAACGGAUUACGUGCAUUUACAACGCUUAGAAAUUGUUUUACAUAGAUUACGAGAUCGCAACAUAAGAAUAAACUUAAGGAAAUCAACGUUUUUUGCAGAAAAUGUGAAAUAUUGCGGAUACAUAUUGUCAGAGAAAGGAAUACAAAAAGACAGGUCAAAAAUGGAGGCAAUUGUAAAAAUGCCGCGUCCGCGAAAUGUGGCCGAAGUUCGUACAUUCAUAGCAAUGAUAAAUUAUUAUAGCAGAUUUAUACGAAAUCUGAGUUCUAUCUUACACCCGUUGAAUAAAUUACUACAUAAAAACACAGCAUUUAGUUGGGCUACAGCACAAGAGGAAGCUUUUAAGAAAGCUAAGGAAGCGUUUCUAGGAGAGGAAAUCCUAGCGCAUUACAACCCGAAAUUACCAUUAAUAUUAGCCACGGACGCGAGUAAAUACGGAGUAGGGGCGGUAUUAUCCCAACCACAUCCGGACGGUGCAGAAAGAGUUCUUCAAUACGCGUCACAAACCCUAUCUAGUACACAGCAAAAAUACGCGCAAAUCGACAAGGAAGCCUAUAGCAUAGUUUUCGGGGUGAAACGGUUUCAUCAGUAUUUAUACGGAAAUAAAUUCACACUACUGACAGAUCAUAAACCUUUAGUUCAAAUAUUUGCACCUUCAAAAAAAUUACCGGUGUACAGUGCUAUGCGCAUGCAGCACUACGCUAUAUUUUUACAAGGGUUUCAAUACAACAUUAAGUACAGGAAAUCUUCAGAUCAUAGUAAUGCUGAUUGUUUAUCGCGAUUACCCAUAACAGGGGAUACAUUACAACAGGAUGUAGUGGACGCAUUUCAAUUAAGUAUAGUAGAAACAUUGCCGGUUACGGCAGAAAGAAUCGCGAGGGAAACAGAGAAAGAUUCGGGGUUACAAUCCUUAUUACACGCACUGCAAUCCGGAGAACGUUUACAAUCCUCAGAACGUUUUAAUUUAGACCAGGAAGAAUUCAGUCUUCAAAACAAUGUAAUACUACGCGGGCACAGAGUAGUAAUUCCGCAAGCGUUACGCGCAUUGAUAUUAAAAGAAUUACACGUAGGGCAUUUCGGGAUAAACCGAAUGAAAACACUAGCGAGAGGUUACUGUUGGUGGCCGGGAAUAGAUGCAGAUAUACAAAUGUUAACGGAGAACUGCGCUCCAUGCAAUGCAAAUAAAAAUAAUCCGCCUAAAGAAAAGCAACAUUUUUGGGAACCGUCUACAGGCCCAAUGCAUAGAGUACAUGCGGAUUUUGCGGGACCAUUUUUAGGGCAUUGGUUUUUCGUACUGGUGGACGCUUAUUCGAAGUGGCCGGAGGUCCACAUACCCAAAAACAUUACAGCAGAAACAGUCGUUAGCAAAUGCAAGGAUAUUUUUGCGUCGUAUGGUGUACCGCAAGUAUUUGUUACAGAUAAUGGUAGAACUUUUACGUCGGCGAAAUUUACAGGAUUUUUAGAACACAAUGGCGUUAAGUUCAAACACACUGCUCCUUACAACCCUGCUACAAAUGGUCAAGCAGAGCGCUUUAUACAGACGUUGAAAAAUGCUUUGCGCCGUUCCGGAGCAAACGAAACCAAUGUAAAAGAAAAAUUAAGUCACAUUCUACUACAAUAUAGAUGUACACCGCAUACAGCGACGAACGUGUCGCCUGCGGAAUUAUUUUUAGGUCGUAAGAUAUGUACACGGUUAGAUGCUAUUUUUCCAAAGAAGGCGAGUAACAAAUGCAUAGGAAGCAAUAAGGAUAUACAAGCUAAAUCAUUUAAGAAGGGUGCGAGAGUAGCAUGUAGAAAUUAUGUUGGUAAAAUAAAAUGGAAAUUCGGUACGGUUAUCGCGCAAACAGGGAAAUUACAUUAUAAGGUGCGUCUGGAUGAUGACAGAGAGUGGACUCGGCAUGUAAAUCAAUUACGUAAAAUUGGAGAACUUACUCCUGCCAUAGAGUUACCCCAAGCAGAGAAUUGGUACGACUCAGAUGCAGAGGAAGGAGGCGUGAGUCACGGCGAUGUAGAAUACGCCGAUAAUACAAAUAGAAAUAAGGAACUACAAAACGUUUCAAAUGAUAUCCCGAAGCACCCACAGCUGUCGUUUAAGACGCCGGAAAAAGCGCAGGAGGACGUAAGCGUACGCCCUCAAGAAAUUCAAGUAUCGGCUGGCAGCCCGCGAGGUGAGCCAGAACAAAGAGAGAUGCGGAGAUCGGCUAGGAAGCAAUAA